AUGCCAUUCCAAUCGCGCUGGUCCAUCGACAUCCCCAGCUGCCACCUCGCCACCCUCCUCUUCACCUCCCCGACCCACCCGCUCUCCCACACCCACCGAUGCUUCCUCGACGCCGCCCGCCCGGACACCCACUACUUCACGGAGCACUCGUUCCGCCUGUGGAGCCAGCGGCUCGCCGCGGGGCUGCGGACGGCCGGGCUGCAGCGCGGGGACCGCGUGCUCCUGUUCGCGGGCAACGACCUGUUCUUCCCCGUCGUGUUCAUGGGCAUCAUCAUGGCGGGCGGGAUUUUCACCGGCGCGAACCCCACCUUCGUGGCGCGGGAGCUGGAGUACCAGCUGCGGGAUUCGGGCGCCACGUUUCUGAUCUGUGCGCGGGCGAGUCUGGAGACCGGGGUGGAAGCGGCCAGGGGAGCCGGGGUGGGGCUGGAUCGGGUGUUUGUGUUUGAUCGUGCGGUUUUGGAGGAAGCCGAUGAUGACCCGAAGGGCAAGCUGGACGGAGGGCGGCAGGGUUGUCGCUACUGGGGCGAGUUGAUCGCCUCCGUCGAGGAAGGGAGUCGGUGGGCGUGGGACGAUCUGAUGACCCCCGGGGCGGCGGGUGCGCAGACGCUGGCGCUGAAUUACUCGAGCGGGACGACCGGCCGGCCCAAGGGGGUCGAGAUCACGCACAAGAACUACGUCGCCAAUCUGCUGCAGUACAACUUCCUCUUCUACCUGUAUCCCGACUGGGUGGACCGGCUGGCGCGCGCGCGCUGGCUCUGCUUCCUCCCCAUGUACCAUGCCAUGGCGCAGAAUAUCUUCAUCGCCGCGGCGCUGCGCCGCGGGGUGCCCGUGUACAUCAUGCCCAAGUUUGAUAUGCUGAAGAUGCUCGAGUACACCGAGAAGUUCCGCAUCACCGACCUCAUCCUCGUGCCCCCGGUGGUCGUGGCGUUGGCGAAGCACCCCGCCGUCCGCAGCGGCAGGUAUGAUCUGAGUAGCGUGGAGGGGGUCGCCAGUGGUGCGGCGCCCUUGGGCGCGGAGGUCUGCGAGCAGGUUGAGAAGCUCUGGGAGCCGGGUCGGAUCACGGUCCGCCAGGGUUGGGGAAUGACCGAGACUACAUGCUCACUGUUGGGCUGGGAUCCCACGACGAAGACGCACCCAGCAUCGGUGGGUGAGCUGAAUGCGAACUGUGAAGCCAAGAUCAUGGCCGACGAUGACCGAACGGAGCUGGGGCCGAAUCAGCGGGGUGAGCUGUGGGUUCGUGGGCAGAAUAUCAUGAAGGGCUAUUGGAGAAAUCCAGGAGCGACUAAAGAAACCAAGACAGAGGAUGGGUGGUUGAAGACAGGCGAUAUUGCCUUCGUGGAUGAUCGAGGUCUGUUCUAUGUGGUGGACCGGAAAAAGGAACUGAUCAAAGUCAAGGGGAACCAAGUCGCGCCAGCUGAGCUAGAGGCGAUAUUGUUGGACCAUCCUGCAGUGGCCGAUGCUGCCGUUAUUGGCGUGCCGAUGAAUGACGACGAGCGCCCUCGAGCGUACAUUGUGUUGAACUCUGGACAGAACGCCACCGACAAAGACAUCUUGUCAUUCAUGAACGACAAGGUCUCGCCGUUCAAAAGGAUCACCGGAGGAGUGGUAUUCAUCGACGCGAUCCCCAAAAAUCCAUCAGGGAAAAUUCUGCGAAAGAUGCUUCGUGAGCGUGCUGAUGGGGAGAUGCAGCCGACUGCAAGACUAUAGAUCUCUCUCUUCCUUGUCCUUGUAUUUGUCCUGCUCUUGCUUUCUCUGUAAGCACAGUAGAACGCCUGAGUUUCCACACCCAGUAGUUAGCCAGAGAAAUCACUGGAGAAAUCAAAGAAUCCCAACAAUACUUUCGUCUCUUCUGUCCAGCGGUAUGGAAUACCUUCUUGUGGCUAUACGGUAACGUAAUCACAUCCUCUUGACCCAAUGACUUUGCGCUGUAGUAGACAGCUAAAUUUAGGCUUGCUCACGAGCGGCAAAAAUGCAAGCUGGUAUGAAAUUAGUUUGGGAGGCAAGCAAUGAAUUGGACGAGUGAUCAAAGGUAUUGUGGUCCAAGUAACAAGAAAAAAUCAAGGUGACCCAGUAGAAAGGAACAACCGAUCGAUCGACGAGAUGCAUCUGAAUGAGUGCCGCUGCCAUUGGCUGUAGCUGG